UCGUUUCUUUUCAUUCCAUUCUUCACAGUUUCACACACGCUCCUCUCUUUCUUCAAAAUCCCUUAAAUUCAUCCACCCUUUCCCAUUUCAUCUUAAUCUUCACACACUUUCUCCCUCUACCUUCUUUCUCUCUCUAGAAGAAGACUCUAACAAGAACGUGAUGAAUUCUGAAUCCUCACCCGAAACGCCGUCGUACUGGUGCUACAGUUGCACACGCUUCAUCAAUCUAUCCGAUCACACCCUCAUCGUUUGUCCUCACUGCGAUAACGGUUUCGUCGAAGAGAUCGCCGCCGGCGAAUCCCCGCAUCACCGUCUAAGUCCUUUUCCUGCGGAUACCGUUUCUUCUCGCCGACAAGGCUUCCGCCGUCGCCGUCGUGACGCUGGUAGUCGUUCACCUUUCAAUCCUGUCAUCGUUCUUCGUGGAGCCGGUGAUGAUGGAGUCGGAGAAGACGGCGCUGGUGCUGGUGGUAGCGCUUUUGAACUUUUCUACGAUGACGGUGAUGGUUCGGGGUUACGUCCUCUACCACCGACGGUUUCGGAGUUUUUGCUUGGAUCUGGAUUUGAUCGGUUGUUGGAGCAGUUUUCUCAGAUCGAGAUGAAUGGUUUUGGACGGCCGGAGAAUCCACCGGCGUCAAAAGCGGCGAUUGAAUCGAUGCCGACUGUUGAGAUCUGUGAAGAACACGUUAGUUGUGAAUUACACUGCGCCGUUUGCAAAGAAGAGUUUGAGCUACACGCGGAGGCGCGUGAGUUGCCUUGCAAACAUUUAUACCAUUCCGAUUGCAUUCUUCCAUGGCUGACAGUGAGAAACUCGUGCCCGGUGUGCCGCCAUGAGCUUCCUUCUGAUCUCAACAAUCCUCUUGAAACUAGGGUUUCUGGUCAAAUUGAUGAAGAAGCUAUCGGGUUAACGAUAUGGAGGUUACCCGGUGGUGGAUUCGCUGUUGGGAGAUUCUCCGGUGGAAGAAGUGCCGGGGAGAGUCAUUUUCCGGUUGUGUAUACUGAGAUGGAUGGUGGGCUCAAUGCUGCACAAGGAUCGGCUCCGAGGAGAAUAUCUAGAACGGUUAGAGCUCAUAGGGUUAGGGAAAGUCAUGGAAUUGGAAGAGUUUUUCGGAAUUUUUUCUCAUUCUUUGGGAGAAUUGGUUCUAGGUCAAAUUUAAAUUCGAAUUCUGGAACAGGGAAUGUUGCUUCUGUGAGUAGAAGCCGUAGCUUAGUGAAUUCAAUGUUCAGUAGAAACUCGCGGCGACGUAGGAGAGCUUUGGAAUUGGAAGAUUGAUUCUAUUGUAAUAGCAUUGACAUUGCAAUUUUGCAAAAAAAAAAUACAUUUUUUCUUUGGUUUUUUUAUUUUGAUUUUCAGUUAAGUGAUUCUCAGAUUCAUAUUGUAAAUAGGUUGUAAUUAGCAACUAUAGAAGCAAGUUUGGUUUUCACAUCUCUCUGGAGACUCAUUUGGUUUGAUUGAAACUCAAAUUCAAAUUCAAAAUCAAUAGAUGCUGUGCUUUUUGCUUGUUGGUCAUUGAAAGCUGCAAUUUGAAACUUGAGAACUGAGAAAGGUAGAAUACUUUGGCUUUUGUAUUUUCUUGUUGGCACCAGCUGUUUGUGGCAGUUGACUGGACAUACAUUAGGGGAAAGCAGAAUCUUUAUUCCUUAUGAACUUAAUUAUUUGAUUUGUUUAUAGAAUUAUAUCAUGUUAAUCACAA